GAAAUCUGUUUUAAACCUGGAAGGUCGUAUGUGCGCAAGAAUCGGUCGGCAAAGUGCAUUUCAAAAACACAAAGAAAUUGAAAUUGCCAAUUUUAUAAAUAAAAGCAACACAUUACACACUGAACUGUUUAUUUUAAAAAAUUAAUGUGUGUGGCGUAGUCAGUCAAAUUGUGAACACAUUUUGGAAGCAGGACAGUGCAAAAAAGUCGAAGAAGCAUUUCGUUAUUGGCGGCUCUUCGUCGUGUGUGUGCGUGCGUGUGUGUCAGUGUGCGUGUAUGUGUAUGUCAGCGUUAGCGGCGCGAGAGCAAAAAGGAGAAUUUGCAAGAAAGAAGAGCCAAAGAAGCAGCGACGGCGUGUGAAUCACAAAAAAGAGAGCGAGCACAAAAACUGAAUCACAUUCAACAUUCUCUUUUUUUCUGGAUAUUUUGCAUAAGCAGUUAUCCCAGCAAAAGCAAUUGAUUAUUGAUCAUCAUCACCAGCAUCAUCAUCAUCAAAAUGGAACACGAGGAUAACGCACACUUUGACAACUUUUUGCAAAAUCGUCUCGCGGAGAGCCUGCAAAUCGCUGGCAGCGCCGGCAACGCUGUCGUCGACGUCGCCGCCGAACUGCUGGUGCCCAAGUCGGAUGGUGGAGAGCAGCACGAUGGUAGCGAGCAGCACGAUGACGACGGCGAAUGGAAGUACAUAAAAGAAGUGCAGCAGAGCGAAAAGCAACACCAACAACAAUUCUACGGCGAAAAGUUUAGCAACUCUGACGGCGACGUCGACGCCACCUUUGGCAAUGGUGUUGGUCUUGUUGGUAUUGGUGUUGGCAACGGCAACGGCAACGUUGGCAGCAGCGACGCUUACAUGUCGCUUGGCAUGGACUUGAGUCUGGGCAAUGGCGUCGGCGUCGGCAGCAGCGUUGGCAGCGUCAAAGCAGCUGCCUAUGGGGAGGAAGAAGAAGACGUUGAAGUGAUUAAAAAUGAUGGCGAUUUUUCAAGCAACUCGAAUACGACAACAACAACCACGGGUGAAGUGGAGCCAGCUGUCAAUAUGGAACCGGAGCAAGUGCAGCAGCAGCAGCAACCGGAGGGGGAGGGUGAGGGGGUUGAGGAAGAGGAGGAGGAGGCUAGCUCGGUGGCAACCACGUACGGCACCAGUAGCCUCAGCGAACAGCAGCCAGAACAGUUCAACGACAACAACAACAAAGAGAAUGCAGCUCCAAUUGGACAACAGCAAUCGGAACCGGAACUUGAGUUGGAAUUGGAGCCGCAUUCGCAACUAAAUCCGAAUGCCGUUGAAUUUGUGCCCAACUUUGGUUCACAGCCAUCGUCGCCGGCUCCUCUUGACCCACUGCAGGCGCUGGUGGUCCGUCAGCUGCUCACCGAUGAUCUGGUGGCGGAGAGCCCCCGCAAGGGCGCACGCGACUGUAAUAUGGACACAAUUCCAUUGCCCGACGAGGUUGAAUUCGAUUCGGAGGCCGCACAGCGUCCUCACGAACUGGAACUGGAGGAUGACACCUUCCCCGGCGAAGCCGAUCAGCUCCAGAAUGGACAGAAGGAAAAACAGGAGGAGCAGCACCUGGAGCAGGUGCAGCAGGAGCUGGAGCUGGAGCAGGAGUUGCGCAUCGAUCAUGGUCCCGAGACGAGCGUUGAUUUGGAAUCGGAGCCAGAGCCACAGCAACUGGAACAGCAGCUGGAGAACAAGGACAAGUAUGAAACAGAGGCCAUGUCCAUAACGGACAUCUUGAACUCUGUGCAGCAGCUGCCCCAGCAAAUGGGUAACGAGGAGUCAUCGAUCAAAGAGAAGGAGUUGCUCAACGUGGAGGAGAAGGAGCUCAUCUCGCAAUCGCCCUCCAUUGAGGAGUUGCAUCAACAGCAGCAGCAGUCGCAUCUCGUUGAUCCCAUGCAGGCCUCCUUCUAUCUGGAGCACACCUCCAGCGAUGCUGGCAUCUCUCAGCCGGCCGUCGAUCUGGAUCAGAGCCUGCUGAUGGACACCAGUGCGCCCAUUUUCAGUCCUCUCGAGGAUUCACCAGCAGGACCAGCAGCUACAACUGCCACAAUACUUGAUUUGCAACCGCAACAGGCGGAUAUUGUUGAUUUGACACCCUCCCCGCUCUCGUCCUCCACCGAGGAGAAGCAUCUGCUCGAGGAGACCAAGGAGCAACUGCAGCAGCAGCCCAAUUUGUUGUCGGACAACAUGGAGAACGCAUGCUAUGCCGGUGCUCCACCUCAGGUGGAGUAUGCUGACUUUGAUGCAGCUACCGACCAUGGUGUCCACAACAACGAGGAGAAGCUGCCUGUGACCAGCAAUCCAUUUGCCACAGAGCGGGAGUUUGAUUUGUUGGAUGUGCAGCCAAAAACUGAUGCGCACAUUGCCAAUGAGAUGGAGGAUGAGGUAAUGCACAAGCAGCCGCAGCAGCAGCUCUUCCAGGAGGAGCAGCAGCAGCAGCAGCAUUUCCAGGAGGAGGAGGAGCAGCAGCAGGAGGAGGAGGAGCAGCAGCAGCAAUUCCAGGAGGAGAGCAAGCCCUUCGUGGAGGAGCAGCAGCAGGAGCAAUUCCAGGAGGAGAGCAAGCCCUUCGUGGAGGAGCAGCAGCAUCUCCAGGAGGAGCAGCAGCACUUCCAGGAGGAGCAGCAGCAUUUCCAGGAAGCGCAGCAGCAUUUCCAGGAGGAGCAGCAGCACUUCCAGGAGGAGCAGCAGCACUUCCAGGAGGAGCAGCAGCACUUCCAAGAGGAGCAGCAGCACUUCCAGGAGGAGCAGCAGCAUUUCCAGGAGAAGCAGCAGCAGAAGGAACAACCUGAGGAGCAGCAGCACUUCCAGGAGGAGCAGGAGCAUUUCCAGGAGAAGCAGCAGCAGAAGGAACAACCUGAGGAGCAGAUCUUCCCACAGGAACAGCAGCAUCAGGAGCAAAUCUUCCAAGAGGAGAAGCAGCAACAGGAUCAUAUCUUCCAGGAACCCCAGAUGGUUGAGUUUUUAAACUUCCAGCAGCAGGAGCCGCCGCAUACAUUGGAGGAGUCAGCUUUGAAUCAGAAUGCACAAGAAAACUACAACGAACUGCAAAUGCAGGAUGAACUCAUCGAGGAGGUGUCCCAUCAUGCCCAUCAGCUCCUCAACGCUGAUGCCGCACCCUACACAAACGGUCUCCUCGCCAGCAACGAGACACCCGAGCCAGAGCCGGAGCCGGAGCCGCUAGUCAACGAGCAGCAGCCCAAGGCUGAGCCGCUAGUGGAGGAGGCCCAGCAGCAGCCGCCAAUUGUGGAGCAAAUCGCUGAGCCUCUGCUGCAAAACGAGACGCUCGCUGAGCCAAAGGAAGCGCUUACUGAGCUGAGUGGCGUGCCUGAUGUUGUUGAGACGCCAUCGUCGCCGCCGCCGCCAGUUCAAGAGGAUCAGGAGGUGGCGCCUGUUGUCGUUGCUGCUGCUGCUGUGGCUGCCACGGCUGCGAUUGCCACAGCUGCAGCUGCUGUCGGCACUGUUGCAACCAAGCCCAAGAUUAAGAGCAGCUCCAAUGAGCCUGCAGCCAAAAAGCUAACGGCUGCCAGGACAUCAACAACUACAACCACAUCAGGAGCAGCUGCCAAGCCCAGGCCAUCGCCGACCGCCACAGCCAAGAGGAGCAGCACAACAACAACAGCAGCAGCAGCACCACCUAAAAUGACCGCUGCUCGUCCACGCACAGCACCCGUUGCCAAAGCAGGAGGAGCAACAACAACAACAGCAACGGCUGCCAAGACAGCAACUGGCGCGGCACGGAAACCGCUCAGCGCCAGCAAUACAUCUGCCAAGCCGGCAUCUCGAACAACAACCACAACAACCAGCGGCAGCACGGCAAGCACACGCCCGGCCACAGCUCCAAUUAGCCGAGGCGUUGCCAGCAAGCAGCCGGCAACUGGCGCUGCUGCACGUUGCGCCACAACCGCCAGUACAGCCCGCAAGCCGGCAGCAGCAACCAAUGGGGCAACAACAACAGGUGUCAAGUCACGCUUGCUGCUGAGUGCCGCCAGCAAGCCGAGCACCACAAGCGCCAACAGCACUGGCACCACAGCUGCCGCCAAGCCGAAGAUGAUCUCUCCGCGCAGCGCUGUGCCGUCGACGCUGCGCAAGACGGCAUUGUCUACUGGUGGCACCGCUACCACUUCCGCAACUGGGGCACGCAGUCCCAACAAGCCGCUGCUGGGCAAUGGUGUGGCCAAGAGCGCCACAACCACCACCAGCACUCGUGUCAAGUCGGCCACAGCCAACGGCAGCAGCAGCAGCAAUACAACAUCGACAACAACCACAUCAACAACAACGACAACCACUACAAAGACUUUUACAGCGCGUCCAGCGCCCAAAUCGACACACUCAUCGACCCAACCAGGUGGUGCGCGUCGUUCGCUGCUGUCGGCUACUGCUGGAUCAGCUGGUGGCGCCCCAGCACAACGCAAGACGUCGCCGUUGAAGAGCGCCGUCGGCUCGCCGCUGAAACCGAAAGCCAAAGAAGCCGCUGUCAAAACAACACCGUCACCGGCAGCUAUCAAGCGGCCAAUCAAGGCAACAGCACCAGCACCAGCAGCAGCAGAAGCAGCAGCAGAAGCAGCAGCAGUAGCUGAGGCAACUAAACAGCCAACAGCUGAUGAUGCAGCUGUUGCUGGAAAUGGCCUCGAUGGCGGCAAGCUGGUGGAGCCGGCAAUUAGCCAGAAUGGCAACGGACAUGCUCUCGAGACGGCGCAAGAGGCGCUGCCCAAUGUUGAGGAUUUGCAACAGCAGCAGCAGCAGCAGCAGCAAAAUAUCGCUGAGGUCGCACUGCUGGAUUUCUAAAGCGCUGAAGAGAAUCAAGUUGAUGUGUUAAGUGGAGAACAAACUGAAAACUACUUUACUAAUAUUAUAAACAUAUUAUGAACAAGUAUUUUGCGCGUGAAAAGCGAACAAACAAACGAAAAUAUAAAAAAUGAAAGAAAGAAAGAAAGAAGAUAAAUGCAAACUCUCCCCAAAGCCCCCCUUCGAAGUUGUGGCUCAGUGGAGCGUCCACUUUUGUUUUUUGAUAGGCCUCCUCCCCCCGUUUCCAAGCAUCAAUCAAUAUCAUUACCAUCAUCAUCAUCAUCGUCAUCAUCGACAUCGACAUGAACAUCAAAAUCAGCACGAUCCAUCAAGCAGCAAUUUGCUGGAAAACAAUUGCGAUCUUUGCAGUCCCAAAAGUUAGUGUUUUGUGCUAUUCUUUUUAUUGUAAAAGGUUUAACAAUUUGUGUGCUCGCUUCUUUUGCUCAUUUAUAUAUAUUUUUAGGUUUCAUUUUGUAAUUUUAAUAUAUAUAUAUAUAUACAAUAAUUGUUCCUCACGCUCUGUUAUUUUUGCUCAUGUAUUAAACGAAAUUUUUAAUGUGUCUAUUUAAGUUCAAAUCGAGAAAGAAUCUUUGGAGCGCAAAAAACGAAAGAAAACAAAACGAGAACAUUAACAACAAAUUUACGUGUUUUAUACAACAAUAAAAGAAGAAGAUAAAAACACCCAAAUAUGUCAGAGAUCAUAAAAUAACGAACAAAAAAAAAAAGAAAGAAAGAAAUUAAAUUGUAAAACCCAUGCAAGAAAAUGAGGUGUACGUGUAGCAAAAAAACGAAAAAAUAUUUAAAAAAAA